AUGGGUUCAAUCGUCCUGCCUCACUUGCGCACUGCCUGGCACGUGGAUCAGGCCAUUCUGUCAGAAGAAGAGCGACUUGUGGUGAUCCGCUUCGGGCGAGAUCACGACCCUGACUGUAUCCGCCAAGAUGAAGUCCUCUACAAGAUUGCGGAACGUGUGAAAAAUUUUGCCGUCAUUUACCUCUGCGACAUCGACGAGGUACCUGACUUCAACUCGAUGUACGAGCUGUAUGACACGAUGACGAUCAUGUUCUUCUACCGCAACAAACAUAUGAUGUGUGAUUUUGGAACGGGUAACAACAACAAGUUGAAUUGGGUGCUCGAGGACAAACAAGAAUUGAUCGAUAUCAUCGAAACAAUCUACAAGGGCGCGAAAAAGGGCCGUGGUCUGGUCGUCAGUCCCAAGGUGAAGCCUGUCCUUGAUGACGCUGCUGUCGAGAUCCUCGCUCAGAAGCAGGAGGUUCUUCGUUUGAAAGCUGUCGCGGACCAGCAUCCAUUCUACAAGUACAAUGGGCUGUGGACUCGGGAGCUUCAAAACCUGGUAACCUCGAUCGAGCUUUGUGCCUGGCUCGGUGGACUGCAGGAGCACAAGGGCGCCAACCCAGCUCCUUUCCUCACCAUCGAGGAGGUUGGCAAAUUUCUUGAAAUCCCUGUCAACUUGAAGGAGCAAGAUGCCUUCCACCUGACCAUCGAGGAGUACCUUUUGGCACUGAUUUCCGUCGUUGAAGAGCUGACGUCGCUAACGGUCUCCAUUGCCGGGACAAAGUCGCGGUUGGCAGUUAACUCGGUCACGCUGGGCGACUACGAACGUCCCCUGCAGAUUGGCAACUUUAUCAAGGAUCUCUUUGCUGGCUUCCAGCUGCUAAACUUGAAGAAUGACAUUCUGCGUAAGCGAAGUGAUGGUAUCAAGUACAGCGUCAAGAAAGUGGAAGACGUGGUCUACGAUCUAUCGUUGCGCGGUCUCGUGCCCAAGAGUGGUGCCGCCGUUUGA